AUGGGUGAUUCACUGGAUGGGUCUGGUGAACCCACGCCAGAGUCCCAAAUAAUAGCGACUGUUGACUUUACGUCUUUUACUAAUUAUUUGCGUAAAAUAAUAACAAUCCUAGCGCCCGAGGAAGAUGGUGUCCCGCAAGCUUUUAUCGCAGCUCUUGACGACAAGAGUCAUCAGGAUUAUAUUCGAAAAUUUAUCAGCGAUUUUCAAGUAUGGGCACUGUGUAUCCAGCGCAGUUCAACAAAAGAUGAAGAUGGAAGCGGCGAUGGAGCAGACGACGAGAGAGACAGUACCUACCACAUCUCCACCGAAAUCUACUUCACAAACCCCAAAAUGUCGACCUUAGUACUAACCAAGCGAGGAGCGGUCAUAGAAGCCGACAAAUCAAUCUCCUCGCAAGUUCGACUAGUAAACUUUUCCGACGGCCCGCCUUACGAAACUUUGCACGCAAUUAGUAAAACCAUGGCUCCAUUCUUCAAGAGUUACGUCAAGGAAACCGGUCGGGUGGACCGCGACGGGGACAAAAUGGCUCCAUCAGUCGAGAAAAAAAUCGCGGAGCUUGAAAUGGGGCUUUUGCACCUCCAGCAGAACAUCGACAUCCCUGAAAUAUCUUUGCCGGUCCACCAGCUUGUGAUGCAGGUGAUAAAGCAGUGUGCCGACGAGGGAAGGAAGCCCAAGGUCGCUGAUUUCGGAGACAAGGUCGAGGAUUCGACAUUCCUUAACCAGCUGCAGAACGGAGUCAACCGUUGGAUCAAAGAGAUCCAGAAGGUAACCAAGCUGAACCGAGACCCGGAGUCAGGAACUGCUUUGCAAGAGAUCUCCUUCUGGCUGAACCUAGAGCGCGCUCUUCACCGGAUUCAGGAGAAGCGCGAGAGCACAGAAGUGACUCUGACGUUAGAUAUUCUCAAGCACGGAAAGCGUUUCCACGCGACUGUGAGUUUUGAUACUGACACGGGUCUCAAGCAAGCUUUAGCGACAGUCAAUGAUUACAAUCCUCUGAUGAAAGACUUUCCUAUCAACGAUUUGCUGUCUGCAACGGAAUUAGAACGCAUCCGAGCCGCAGUCCAGCAGAUAUUUUUGCACAUGCGUAAAAUUCGUAAUACUAAAUAUCCAAUUCAACGCGUGCUGCGUCUAGUAGAAGCCAUUUCUCGGGACUUAAGCCAGCAGUUAUUAAAAGUACUGGGAACCCGUCGGCUAAUGCACAUUCCAUUUGAUGAGUUCGAGAAAGUAAUGACCCAGUGCUUCGAAGUGUUCAACACCUGGGACGACGAGUACGACAAACUAACGGGACUUUUGCGUGACUUUGUUAAAAAGAAGCGUGACGAGCAUAUGAAGAUGGUCUGGCGAGUCUCUCCCGCUCAUAAGAAGCUCCAAACGCGGAUGGAACAGAUGCGAAGGUUCAGAAGACAGCACGAACAGUUGCGCACUGUUAUUGUUCGGGUGCUAAGACCCACCGUUCGCCAGAACAGCACCAGCUCUGCGGGUACGAUUGACAAUCAAGAAAGCGAAAAUGUCAAGGUUGAAUUCGCGCUUGAUGCUGCUGAUGCUAAUGCCAUUGGCGAAGUUAACCUCGCUUAUGAGAAUGUCAAGGAGGUGGACUGCUUAGACAUCACCAAAGAAGGUCUCGAGUCCUGGGAGGCUGCUGUUCAUCGCUAUGAGGAGAGGAUUGAACGCGUGGAAGCGAGAAUCACUGCUCACCUUCGGGAUCAGCUGGGAACUGCGAAGAAUGCCAAUGAGAUGUUCAGGAUUUUCUCCAGGUUCAAUGCCCUGUUUGUCAGGCCUCAUAUUCGCGGUGCUAUCCGCGAGUACCAGACUCAGCUGAUUCAGCGAGUUAAGGAUGAUAUUGAGGCUCUGCAUGAGAAGUUCAAGGUUCAGUAUCCUCAGAGUAAGUGCUGCAAGAUGAGCAUGGUCAGGGACAUUCCUCCGGUCUCGGGGUCUAUCAUCUGGGUCAAGCAGAUUGACUAUCAGCUUACUAUGUAUCUUAAACGGGUGGAAGAUGUUCUGGGAAAAGGCUGGGAGAGCCACAUUGAAGGACAGAAGCUUAAAGCUGAUGGAGAUUCUUUCAGGUUGAAGCUUUCUACUCAGGAGAUAUUUGACGAGUGGGCGAGGAAAGUUCAGCAGAGGAAUAUUGGAGUCACUGGAAGGAUUUUUACGAUUGAUACUGUCAGGUCAAGGUCUGGAAGGGGCAAUGUGUUGAAGUUGAAGGUUAAUUUCUUGCCUGAGAUUAUUAUGCUGUCGAAGGAAGUCAGGAAUUUGAAGAACCUAGGGUUCCGUGUGCCUUUGGCAAUUGUUAAUAAGGCACACCAGGCGAAUCAACUGUAUCCGUUUGCUAUCAGUCUUAUUGAAAGUAUCAGGACUUAUGAGAGAACUCUGGAAAAAAUUGAAGACAAGGCCAGUAUUAUUCCAUUGGUUGCUGGAAUGCGAAAAGAUGUUCUUUCUUUAUUCUCAGAGGGAAUAGCAUUAGUGUGGGAGAGCUACAAAUUAGACCCAUACGUCCAGCGUUUAUCAGACAUCGUUGUCCAAUUCCAAGAGAAAGUCGACGACCUCCUGGUAGUCGAAGAGCAACUGGACGUCGACGUAAGAUCCUUAGAAACUUGUCCUUACUCAGCAAACACAUUUGCAGACAUUCUAGCAAAGAUCCAAAAGUCAGUCGACGAAUUAUCCUUGAAAAAUUACUCCAACUUGCACAUCUGGGUGGCGAGAUUGGACGAGGAAGUAGAAAAGAACCUAGCAGCACGAUUAGAAGCCGGUGUGAAGGCCUGGACAGACGCCCUGAUGGGCCAGAAGAAGGAAGUAGACUUGAGCAUGGACACCGACGCUCCAGCAAAGCCGACCCACAAGCCCGGUGGAGAUCCAAAAAUUCAGAACCAAAUCCACGAGGUCAGAAUCACCAACCAGACUAUGUACCUCUACCCCAGCAUCGAGGACGCGCGUUUCCAAAUAAUGCAACAAUUGUUUGCCUGGCAAGCGAUUGUCACCUCGCAAGUGCGUCUGCAGAGCUCGCGGUACCAGGUCGGGCUUGACAAACCAGAGUCUGGAACCUACAGAAACUUACUCACCAAGCUGCCGAGCGGCAAGCAACCCCUAGAAGCCGCUUACGAGUCUAUUGAAUCAAAAAUAAAAGACGUAGCAGAGUAUGUAGACCAGUGGCUGCGCUACCAAGCUCUCUGGGAUCUCCAGCCCGACAAUCUUUAUGGCAAGCUCGGCGAUGAUAUCAAUUUGUGGAUGAAGUGCUUGAAUGACAUCAAAAAAACUCGCACUACUUUUGAUACCUCGGACACGCGUCGCGAAUUCGGUCCAGUUAUCAUUGACUUUGCGAAGGUACAAAGCAAGGUGUCGCUGAAGUACGACUCGUGGCACAAAGAGACUCUGGGUAAAUUCGGCGCGUUGCUCGGCAAUGAAAUGACCAGUUUCCACGGUCAGGUAUCUAAGUCACGCAGUGACUUGGAGCAGCAGUCUAUAGAAGCUGCUAGUACUACCGACGCAGUAGGAUUCAUCACUUACGUCCAAUCAUUGAAACGCAAGAUGAAGGUCUGGGAGAAACAAGUGGACAUUUACCGAGAAGGUCAGCGGAUUCUUGAGCGCCAGCGGUUCCAAUUUCCUUCGUCUUGGCUGCAUGUGGACAAUAUUGAAGGCGAGUGGGGAGCUUUUAAUGAGAUAAUAAAGCGCAAAGACUUGAGCAUCCAGACCCAGGUCGCUUCUCUGCAGAUGAAGAUUGUUGCUGAAGACAAGGCUGUGGAGACACGCACUACUGACUUCCUUGGAGAUUGGGAGCGUGGCAAGCCUGUGGAGGGACACUUGAGACCCGAUGAAGCGCUCCAGCAGCUUCAGAUGUUCGAGAGUAAAUUUGCCAGGCUCAAAGAAGAACGCGACAAUGUUGCCAAAGCUAAAGAAGCUCUCGAGUUACAGGAACCUGGUGGAGUUUCUAGUACCAGUGAAGACAGGAUGCAGGUUGUUUUUGAAGAGCUUCAAGAUUUGCGCGGUGUCUGGUCUGAGUUAUCCCGAAUUUGGGCUCAAAUUGAUGAGACAAGAGAGAAGCCUUGGUUGUCUGUUCAGCCGCGGAAAUUGCGCCAGCAGCUUGAUACCAUGAUGGCGCAAUUGAAGGAACUUCCUGCUAGGCUGCGGCAGUAUUCUUCUUAUGAGUAUGUUAAAAAAAUGCUCCACAAUUACACCAAGGUUAACAUGCUGAUUGUUGAGUUGAAGUCCGACGCGCUGAAAGAGCGCCACUGGAAGCAACUGACGAAGCAAUUAAGGGUGAACUGGAUUUUAAGUGAGCUUACAUUGGGUCAGGUCUGGGAUGUAAAUCUGCAGAAGAACGAGAGCAUUGUUAAGGACAUUAUUCUAGUCGCUCAGGGAGAAAUGGCUCUUGAGGAGUUCUUGAAGCAAGUACGCGAAUCUUGGCAGACUUAUGAGCUCGAUUUGAUAAAUUAUCAGAGCAAGUGUCGGCUGAUAAGAGGCUGGGAUGAUUUGUUUAACAAAGUUAAGGAGCAUAUUAAUUCAGUGGCUGCUAUGAAGCUCUCGCCUUACUACAAAGUCUUUGAAGAAGAAGCUCUUACCUGGGAGGAAAAAUUAAAUAGGAUAAACGCGUUGUUUGACGUAUGGAUUGAUGUUCAAAGACGCUGGGUUUAUCUGGAGGGAAUUUUCUCCGGCAGCGCUGAUAUUAAAACACUUUUACCCGUUGAGACUUCAAGGUUUCAAAGUAUCAGUUCUGAGUUUUUGGGAUUGAUGAAAAAAGUGUCCAAGUCUCCGAUGGUGAUGGACGUUUUGAACAUUCCUGGAGUCCAGAGGGCGCUGGAGAGACUCGCAGAUUUACUAGGGAAAAUACAAAAGGCUCUGGGUGAGUAUCUUGAACGCGAGCGUACGUCUUUCCCCAGGUUUUACUUUGUUGGAGAUGAAGAUCUGUUGGAAAUUAUUGGUAACAGUAAAAACGUCGCGCGUCUUCAGAAACAUUUCAAAAAAAUGUUUGCGGGAGUCGCUGCUAUUUUAUUGAAUGAGGAUAAUACAGUGAUAACUGGAAUGGCUUCUCGCGAAGGAGAAGAGGUCAGUUUCCAGACUCCAGUGUCUACUGUAGAGCAUCCUAAGAUCAACGAGUGGCUGACUCUAGUAGAAAAAGAAAUGAGAGUGACUCUAGCGUCUUCUUUAGCCAAGGCUGUUUCUGAUAUAAAGCAAUUUAAGGAUGGUAACAUCCAUGCUGACGCUUUCAUGACCUGGUGCGACAAUUAUCAAGCUCAAAUAGUUGUUCUAGCUGCUCAAAUUUUGUGGUCGGAAGACGUAGAAGCGGCUUUGCACGAAGCCCAGUCACAGUCUAGUGAUAAGAAUCCUCUAGAGCGAGUACUUACUCAAGUCGAAGGAACUCUUAAUGUCCUGGCGGACUCCGUGCUUCAAGAACAGCCUCCGCUGAGGCGGAAGAAGUUGGAACACUUGAUAAACGAGUUUGUUCAUAAAAGAACAGUCACCCGACGUUUGAUCGCGAAUAAAGUUUCCAACCCGAAGGCGUUCGAGUGGCUUUGUGAGAUGAGGUUCUAUUUUGAUCCUCGGCAGACGGAAGUCCUGCAACAAUUGACUAUUCACAUGGCCAAUGCCAAGUUCUUCUACGGAUUUGAGUACCUGGGAGUUCAGGAUAGACUUGUACAAACUCCUUUGACGGACCGCUGCUACUUGACGAUGACUCAAGCUCUGGAAGCAAGGCUUGGAGGCUCUCCUUUCGGGCCGGCUGGUACUGGUAAGACGGAAUCUGUUAAAGCGUUGGGUCAUCAGCUUGGAAGGUUUGUGUUGGUGUUUAAUUGUGACGAGACCUUUGACUUCCAAGCUAUGGGACGUAUUUUUGUGGGUCUCUGUCAAGUCGGAGCUUGGGGAUGCUUUGACGAGUUUAACAGGCUGGAAGAGCGCAUGCUCUCCGCUGUCUCGCAGCAGGUACAGACUAUUCAGGAAGCUCUUAAGAGCCAGAUGGAAGGUACUAAAAAGGAGGGAACGACUUUGUGUGUCGAGUUGGUUGGGAAACAGGUGAAGGUGUCCACUGACAUGGCGAUAUUUAUAACUAUGAACCCUGGGUAUGCUGGAAGGUCUAACUUGCCGGAUAAUCUGAAGAAAUUGUUCAGGUCGCUUGCUAUGACCACGCCUGACAGGCAGCUCAUUGCUGAAGUUAUGCUGUUUAGUCAAGGAUUCAGGUCUGCUGAGAAACUCGCUUGUAAGAUUGUACCGUUCUUUAAGUUGUGUGAUGAGCAGCUGUCAAAUCAGUCGCACUACGAUUUUGGGCUCCGGGCUUUGAAGUCUGUGCUGAUUUCUGCGGGGAAUGUUAAGAGAGAUAGGAUACAGAAGAUUAAGGAGGGAAUGGUUCAGAGGAAUGGAGUAGAGAAUGUUGAUGAAGCUUCUAUUGCGGAGAAUUUGCCAGAACAGGAGAUUCUUAUUCAGUCUGUAUGUGAAACGAUGGUUCCUAAGUUAGUUGCUGAAGACAUUCCGCUGCUGUUCAGUCUUCUUAAUGAUGUGUUCCCGAGCGUAAAUUACACUCGAGCUGAAAUGAAAGGAUUGAAGGAUCAAAUUAGAAAAGUUUGCGCUGAAGAGUAUCUAGUUUGUGGUGAAGGCGACGAUGAACAAGGAGGCGCUUGGCAAGAAAAGGUCUUACAACUGUACCAAAUUUGCAACUUGAACCACGGACUGAUGAUGGUGGGACCAAGCGGAUCCGGCAAAACAACAGCAUGGAAAGUGCUUCUAAAAGCUCUGGAGCGUUUUGAAGGAAUUGAAGGUGUAGCUCACGUAAUCGACCCUAAAGCCAUCAGCAAAGAGACUCUCUACGGUGUCUUAGACCCCAACACCCGCGAGUGGACCGACGGUCUGUUUACACACAUCCUGCGAAAAAUAAUCGACAACGUCCGUGGAGAAAUAAACAAACGCCAGUGGAUAAUCUUCGACGGUGACGUCGAUCCGGAGUGGGUAGAAAAUCUCAACUCUGUUUUGGACGACAACAAACUUCUGACUCUGCCCAACGGAGAGCGUUUAAGCCUUCCACCAAACGUAAGAGUAAUGUUCGAAGUUCAAGAUUUAAAAUACGCAACUCUAGCCACUGUAUCGCGUUGUGGAAUGGUCUGGUUCUCCGAAGACGUGCUCUCUACAGAGAUGAUCUUCGAGCACUACUUGCUGCGUCUGAAGAACAUCCCGCUCGAAGACAACGACGAAGACAACAACCUCAGCAAGAAGAUGCUCUCCGGAGACAACAAAGACGACACAAUGUCACCUGGGUUAUCAGUUCAAUGCGAAGUAGCCAGCAUUCUCCAGAGUUACUUCGCGCCUGACGGCCUAGUGGUCCGCUGUCUGGAGUACGCGAUGAAGCAAGAGCACAUUAUGGACUUCACCCGACUCCGAGCACUCAGCUCGCUUUUCUCAAUGCUGAACCAAGCAGUCCGCAACAUUUUACAGUACAAUCACACCCACAUCGACUUCCCGCUGCCCAGCGAGCAGCUGGAGCGCUACAUGCCCAAGUGUCUGGUCUACGCUCUGCUCUGGAGCUUCGCUGGAGAUGCUAAGCUAAAAGUAAGGUCUGAUCUCGGUGACUUUAUCCGAUCUAUCACCACAGUACCUCUUCCUCAAGGCAGUAACAUCCCUAUUAUCGACUUUGAAGUCAACAUUCACGGCGAGUGGCUCCCUUGGAGCAACAAAGUCCCCCAAAUUGAGGUCGAGACCCACAAAGUCGCCAGCCCUGACAUUGUAGUCCCCACUCUGGACACUGUAAGACACGAGAGUCUUCUCUACACCUGGCUUGCUGAGCACAAGCCUCUUGUUCUUUGCGGGCCUCCGGGUUCAGGUAAAACAAUGACUCUCUUCUCUGCUCUAAGAGCUUUGCCCGACAUGGAAGUAGUUGGACUGAAUUUCUCUUCUGCUACAACACCAGAAUUGUUAUUAAAGACCUUCGACCACUAUUGCGAGUACAGAAAAACUCCCAAUGGAGUUAUUCUAUCUCCAGUGCAAUUGGGCAAGUGGCUGGUGCUCUUCUGCGACGAAAUAAACCUCCCAGACAUGGACAAUUACGGGACCCAGAGAGUUAUAUCCUUCUUGCGGCAGCUGGUAGAGCAUCGCGGGUUCUACAGAACCAGCGACCAAGCCUGGGUCACUUUAGAGCGGAUCCAAUUCGUGGGAGCUUGCAACCCUCCGACAGACCCCGGCAGAAAGCCUUUGAGCCAUAGAUUUUUGCGACAUGUGCCUGUUAUCUACGUAGACUACCCCGGAGAAACUUCUCUGAAGCAAAUUUACGGUACAUUCACCCGCGCAAUGCUGAGAUUAACUCCCUCGCUGCGGGGAUAUGCAGAGCCGCUCACUAACGCGAUGGUGGAGUUUUAUUUAGCGUCUCAGGAGAAAUUCACCCAGGACAUGCAGCCGCAUUACGUUUAUUCUCCUAGAGAGAUGACCAGGUGGGUCAGAGGAAUCUGUGAAGCUAUUCGGCCGCUGGACAGCUUGGCUGUUGAAGGGCUGGUUCGUCUCUGGGCUCAUGAAGCUCUGAGACUCUUCCAGGAUAGACUUGUUGAAGACUCUGAGAGAGCUUGGACGAAUAAGAACAUUGAUAUUGUCGCUACUAAACACUUUUUGGGGGUAGAUAAGGAGAAAGCUCUCUCAAGGCCUAUUUUAUACAGCAACUGGCUGUCUAAGGAUUAUGUCCCGGUUAAUAGACAAGAAUUACGUGAUUAUGUACGCGCUAGGCUUAAAGUUUUCUAUGAAGAAGAGCUGGAUGUACCUCUGGUGCUGUUUGAUGAAGUUCUGGAGCAUGUAUUGAGGAUUGACAGAAUUUUCAGGCAGCCUCAGGGACAUUUGUUGCUAAUUGGAGUCUCUGGAGCUGGGAAGACUACUUUGUCGAGGUUCGUAGCCUGGAUGAAUGGUCUGUCGAUUUUCCAAAUUAAGGUUCAUAAUAAAUACACCGGAGAGGACUUUGAUGAAGACUUGAGACAAGUUUUAAGACGCUCAGGGUGCAAAGAUGAAAAAAUAGCAUUUAUUUUGGACGAAUCUAAUGUUUUAGAAUCGGGAUUCUUGGAAAGAAUGAACACCUUGUUAGCAAACGGAGAAGUCCCGGGUCUGUUUGAAGGAGAUGAGUACACGACAUUAAUGACUCAGUGCAAAGAAGGAGCGCAGAGAGAAGGAUUGAUGCUGGAUUCUAAUGAAGAACUCUACAAGUGGUUCACUGGUCAAGUUAUGAAGAAUUUGCAUGUUGUUUUCACAAUGAAUCCUAGUACAGAUGGUUUGAAAGACCGCGCAGCUACUUCACCAGCUUUGUUCAAUCGUUGUGUGCUAAAUUGGUUUGGAGACUGGUCGGACAAUGCGCUGUUCCAGGUGGGAAGAGAGUUCACGUCAAGGGUUGAUUUGGAGAGACCUUCUUGGAGGUGUCCCGACUUCUUCCCGUCAGCUUGCUCGUUGAUUCCUAACCCUCCGAAUCAUCGAGAUGCGGUUGUCAAUGCGUUUGUUUAUGUACAUCAGACUCUUCAUAAAGCUAAUGCGAGGCUUGCUAAGAGAGGAAGUCGCACGAUGGCUAUCACUCCUAGGCACUACUUGGACUUUAUCAAUCAUUUUGUUAAAUUGUAUCAGGAAAAGAGGAGUGAUUUGGAAGAACAGCAGCUGCAUCUUAAUGUUGGGUUGAGCAAAAUUGCUGAGACUGUGGAACAGGUUGAAGAAAUGCAGAAGAGUUUGGCUGUUAAGUCACAGGAACUUCAAGCUAAAAACGAUGCUGCUAAUGCAAAACUCCGACAAAUGGUGAAAGAUCAACAGGAAGCUGAGAAGAAAAAAGUACAGAGUCAAGAAAUUCAACAGCAAUUAGCAAUCCAGACAGUUGCUAUUGAUCAAAAGCGAGAAGAUGUUAUGGCUGAUUUAGCACAAGUAGAACCAGCUGUCAUUGACGCCCAGAAUGCGGUGAAGUCAAUAAAGAAACAACACCUGGUUGAAGUACGUUCGAUGGCAAAUCCACCGGCGAUUGUUAAAGUCGCCCUCGAGUCAAUUUGUUUAUUAUUAGGUGAAAAUGCAAGCGAUUGGAAAUCAAUUCGUGCUGUCAUCAUGCGAGACAACUUUAUCAAUACUAUCGUCUCUAAUUUCAGUACUGAGGAUAUUACAGACGAAGUACGUGAAAAAAUGAAGAACCGGUACCUCAAACUCUACUCCCUAGAAAGACAAGCCGAAACCAACAAAGAAAAGGGCGAAGAAGUUAAAAAACUGAUUGCCGAGCUAGAGUUGAGUAUCGCAUCCUACAAAGAAGAGUACGCCCAACUUAUAUCCCAAGCCCAAGCUAUCAAAACAGACCUGGAGAACGUCCAGGGCAAAGUAGACCGGUCAAUAGCUCUAAUCAAGUCUCUCGUAAUCGAGCGCGAGAGAUGGGAAGCCACAAGCGAGACAUUCCGUAGCCAGAUGUCCACAAUAAUCGGCGACGUGUUGCUGUCUUCAGCAUUCCUGGCCUACGCAGGUUACUUCGACCAGCACUACCGCCAGAACCUGUUCACCACCUGGUGCCAGCACCUGCAGAACGCAAACUUGCAAUUCCGACCAGACAUAGCGCGAACCGAGUAUCUGUCCAACCCUGACGAGCGUCUUCGCUGGCAAGCGAAUGCUCUUCCCACCGACGACCUGUGUACCGAAAACGCGAUAAUGCUCAAGCGGUUCAACAGGUACCCGCUGAUAAUCGACCCCUCUGGCCAAGCUACCGAGUUCAUCAUGAACGAGUUCAAGGACCGGAAGAUAACCAAGACCAGUUUCUUGGACGACUCCUUCAGGAAGAACCUCGAGAGUGCUCUGCGAUUCGGAAACCCUCUUCUAGUUCAAGAUGUCGAAAACUACGACCCGAUAUUGAACCCGGUGCUGAACCGCGAGCUUCGUCGAACUGGCGGAAGAGUUUUGAUAACUCUCGGAGACCAGGACAUCGAUUUGUCGCCGUCAUUCGUUAUUUUCUUAUCAACCCGCGACCCUACUGUUGAAUUCCCACCCGACAUUUGCUCCCGAGUCACCUUCGUUAACUUCACAGUCACCAGAAGCUCGCUGCAGAGCCAGUGUCUGAACCAAGUUCUCAAAGCAGAGCGCCCUGACAUUGAUGAAAAACGCUCAGAUUUAUUAAAACUCCAAGGAGAAUUCCACUUGAGACUAAGACAGCUAGAAAAAUCUCUUCUCCAAGCGCUGAAUGAUGCUAAAGGUAAAAUCCUAGAUGACGACUCAGUGAUCACCACUUUAGAAACUCUCAAGCAAGAAGCCGCAGACAUCAGCAAGAAAGUCGAAGAAACCGACAAAGUUAUCGCAGAAAUCGAAACAGUUUCUCAUCAAUACUUGCCUUUAUCUCAAGCUUGCUCCAACAUUUACUUCACCAUGGACAGCUUGAACCAAAUCCACUUCUUGUACCAAUACUCCCUGAAAAUGUUCCUGGAUAUCUUCACAUCAGUCUUGUCCCAGAAUCCAAAAUUAACAGGCCUAUCAGACUACACUCAACGACUGUCUUUAAUCACCAGCGAUUUAUUUUCAGUCUGCUACGAACGGGUCGCCCGAGGAAUGUUACACGCCGACAGGAUGACCUUUGCUUUACUACUCUGCCGCAUCCACUUGAAAGGAAUCGUCAGCGAGUCUACCUACGAUCCGGAGUUCACUUUCUUCCUGCGAGGCAAGGAAGGCGUGAUGAACGUCCGCGGGCCGCUGAUACCAAACUUGACCUCUGAGCAACAAGAAGCGAUGCUGCGUCUCAGCCUUCGGCUCCCAGCGUUCAAAAAAUUGGCACAGUUCAUCCAGGAAAACAGCAGCGAGUUCGCGACUUGGCUACAGUCUCCCACUCCAGAGACCGCGGUUCCUAAAUUGUGGGAAGAGAGAAUCUCCGACGACAGUGAGGAAGAAGUAACUAACAAAGUCCUGUCACCAAUCGGCCACGCUAUCUAUCAGCUGCUGGUGAUCCAAGCCUUCAGACCCGACCGGGUAAUCGCAGCAGCAGCUCUGUUCAUAAACUCAGCUUUAGGUGACAAAUUCAUGGCAGCUGCCGAGGUAGAAUUAGACUUUGCUUCGGUAGUGGAGAACCAAUUGAAAGCAGCGGUUCCAGCAUUGCUCUGCUCAGUUCCAGGAUUCGACGCUUCAAGCCGCGUUGAUGACUUAGCAGCGGAAUUAGGCAAGCAGAUUGUCAGUAUAGCUAUCGGCUCCGCGGAGGGAUUCAACCAAGCAGACCGGGCGAUAAACAUGGCAGUAAAAGCAGGACGAUGGGUGAUGCUGAAGAACGUCCACUUAGCUCCGCAGUGGCUCGUGCAAUUAGAGAAAAAAUUACACAGCCUGCAGCCGCAUGCAGGCUUCAGAUUAUUCUUGACCAUGGAGAUCAACCCUAAGGUUCCAGUGAAUUUACUGCGAGCUGGAAGGAUAUUUGUCUUUGAGCCACCUCCGGGAAUACGAGCGAACUUAUUAAGAACCUUUAGCACGGUUCCAGCUUCUAGAAUGAUGAAAGCGCCGAAUGAGCGCGCGAGAUUGUACUUCUUGCUCGCCUGGUUCCACGCAAUUGUCCAGGAGCGGCUUCGCUACGCACCAUUAGGGUGGUCCAAGUACUACGAGUUCAACGAGAGCGACUUGCGCGUCGCUUGUGACACUCUUGACACCUGGAUAGAAGCUACCGCGAUGGGAAGAACCAAUUUGCCGCCUGAGAAAGUCCCCUGGGACGCGUUGGUGACUUUAUUAUCUCAGUGCAUCUACGGAGGGAAAAUAGACAACGAGUUUGACCAGCGGCUCCUCGCGUCGUUCUUGAGGAAGCUUUUUACUCCCAGAUCCUUCGAGGGAGACUUCGCUCUGGUGGCUAAUGUUGAUGGCAGUGGAAGCGGGAGUCAAGGGAACCAGCCUAGACAUAUCACCAUGCCUGAUGGAACUAGGAGAGACCAUUUCUUGAAGUGGAUCGAGUCGCUGUCUGAUAGACAGACUCCUUCCUGGCUCGGGCUCCCGAAUAAUGCGGAGAAGGUGUUAUUAACUACUCGCGGUACUGAUCUGGUGUCCAAGCUGCUGAAGAUGCAGCAGCUGGAGGACGAGGAUGAGCUGGCUUAUUCCACUGAUGAUACUCUGGGAGGAGACACUCCGAGGGAGGCUGAUGUUGAUGGCAGACCUUCCUGGAUGCGAGUGCUUUAUAAUUCAGCUACUACUUGGCUGCAAUUGCUGCCUAAGAAUUUGCAGACGCUCAAGCGCACUGUGGAGAAUAUUAAAGAUCCUCUUUAUAGAUAUUUUGAGCGAGAGGUUAAUAGUGGAGCUAAGCUACUCCAAGAUGUGAUCCAUGAUCUUGAAGAUGUGGUGAUGAUCUGCCAGGGAGAAAAGAAACAGACUAACUAUCAUCGCACAAUGUUGUCUGAGUUGGUGAAAGGAAUUUUACCCGCUGGGUGGAGGAGAUACACUGUGCCUAGAGGGUGCACUGUCAUUCAGUGGAUCACGGACUUCAGUCACCGGGUGUCUCAAUUGCAAGAAGUUUCAAGGCUGGUGUCUCAGGGCGGUGCUAAGGAAAUCAAAAGCUUCCCGGUCUGGCUGGGAGGGUUGUUGAACCCUGAGGCUUAUAUCACUGCGACUAGGCAGUGUAUUGCGCAGGCUAACAGCUGGUCGCUUGAAGAACUCCAGCUUGAUGUUACUAUUGGAGAUGGGGACAAUAUCGCGACUGAUGACUGCUCUUUCGCGGUCACUGGGUUGAAGCUCCAGGGUGCUCUGUGUAAAGAUAAUCAGCUGUAUUUGACCUCGACGAUCAUGACUGAUUUGCCUGUUACUAUGUUGAGGUGGAGUCGGUCCUCGACCGAGGAAAUGAGGAAGGGAAAAUUGUCUCUUCCGGUUUAUCUUAACAGUACUAGGACUGAGCUUUUGUUCACUGUUGAUCUUAACACUGCGGUCAAUCAGGAACCUCACAGCUUUUAUGAGCGCGGAGUCGCUGUUCUUACUUCGACGGCUUUGAAUUAA